AUGGUCCCCUCCAGUAAUGGCAUCCCGCCCCAGAACAAGGCUUCCUGGAUGAGUUUCAUCAAGUCGAUUGCCUCGUUCAAUGGCGACCUCUCCUCCUUAACCGCUCCACCUUUCAUCCUAUCCCCCACCUCCCUUACCGAAUACUCCGCCUACUGGGCCGAACACCCCGGGCUUCUUGUCGCCCCGGCCAGAGAACCUGAUCCCGAGAAGAGGGCUCUAGCAGUCCUGAAGUGGUUCCUCAGCACCCUCCACCAGCAGUACUGCUCGCGCAGUGAGAAACUGGGCUCUGAAAAGAAGCCCCUGAACCCUUUCUUGGGCGAGCUCUUCCUCGGGAAAUGGGAGGCCGACGCCGACGUGGGGGAGACCACUCUGAUCAGUGAACAAGUCAGUCACCAUCCUCCGGCCACGGCCUAUGCGAUUCGCAACGAGAAACAUGGCGUAGAAUUACAAGGAUACAACGCGCAGAAAGCGUCCUUCAACGGCACAAUCCUCAUCAAACAGAUCGGUCAUGCCCUUCUGACUUUCACUCCGCCCGGCGCGGAUAGGAACGACCCCGCCCAGAAGGAACAAUAUCUCAUUACACUCCCCAGCCUGCAUGUAGAAUCCCUGAUCUACGGGACCCCCUUCAUGGAGCUGGACAAGUCCACCCGCAUCGUCAGCAGCACCGGGUAUAUCGCGAAGAUCGACUACUCCGGCAAAGGCUGGCUGAGCGGAAAGAAGAACACGUUCACCGCCUCCCUCUUCAAGGAAAGCGAGGGCGAGAAGAAGCCUCUGUACACGGCCCAGGGCCAAUGGUCGGACUCGUUUGUCAUCACGAAUCCGCGGACCAAGGAGACUGUCGACAAGUAUUCCGUCAAGGAGUCCAAGACGACGCCGCUGCAGGUGGCGCCUCUCGAGGAACAGGACCUGUACGAGAGUCGCCGCGCCUGGAAGGAUGUCGCCGAGGGCAUCUUGCGCAGCGAUAUGAACGCCGUGUCCGCGGCCAAAGGCAAGAUCGAAAACGCCCAGCGUCAGAUGCGCAAGACGGAGCGUGAUGAGAACCGCACCUGGGAGCGCCGUUUUUUCAAGCGCGUCGACGAGUCGCAGCUGGACGAGCAGUUCAAGCAGCUCUUCCAGAAGGCCGACCUCGAGUCGCUGGAGAGCGAGCGGACCGGGGGAGUGUGGCGCUUCGAUCCCGCCAGUGUGAACGAUGCCAAGCCACCUUACCACAGUGCUGGCCCCGAGGGACUUGGUGUUGAGUAG